AUGCUGCCUUCCUCCCGGACCCAGCUGGGGCUCUUCUUCAUCCUCCUCUGCCCUGCCAACAUCAUCGGGCUCUGGUGGGCAGUGGGGAGCCCCCUGGUCAUGGACCCCAACAGCAUCUGCCGUAAGACGAAGCGGCUGGCAGGGAAGCAGGCGGAGCUGUGCCAGUUAGAGCCGGAGAUCGUGCAGGAGGUGGCCAAGGGCACCAAGCUGGGCGUCCGGGAGUGCCAGUACCAAUUCCGUUUCCGCCGCUGGAACUGCACCAGCCACAGCAAGUACUUCGGCAAGAUCCUGCAGCAGGAUAUCCGGGAGACAGCCUUCGUGUACGCCAUCACGGCGGCCGGGGUGAGCCACGCCAUCACACAGGCCUGCAGCAUGGGUGAGCUGCUGCAGUGUGGCUGCGAGCUGACGCGGAGCCGGGCUCCCCCCUCACCCACGGCGGGUCCGGGCACUGAGGGCACGGCCUGGGAGUGGGGGGGCUGCGGGGACGACGUGCAGUUCGGCUACGAGAAAUCCCAGCAGUUCAUGGAUGCCAAGAGCAAGAAAGGCAAAAAUGAUAUCCGAGCUCUCAUCGACCUGCACAACAACGAAGCUGGGCGCUUGGCGGUGCGCAGCUACAUGCGGACAGAGUGCAAAUGCCACGGGCUGUCAGGCUCCUGCACCCUGCGGACCUGCUGGCGGAAGAUGCCCCAUUUCCGUGAGGUGGGGGACCGCCUGCUCGAGCGCUUCAAUGGGGCUUUCAAGGUGAUGGGGGGCAACGACGGGAAAACCCUUAUCCCUGUGGGUGACAACAUCAAACCGCCGGACAAGCAGGACCUCAUCUACUCAGCCGACUCACCCGAUUUCUGCUCGGCUAACCGUAAGACGGGCUCGCUGGGCACCCGGGGCCGCAUCUGCAACAGCACAGCCAUGGACACAAGCGGGUGUGACCUGCUGUGCUGUGGGCGAGGGCACCGGGACGAGACGGUGGUGCUGGAGGAGAACUGCCUUUGCCGCUUUCACUGGUGCUGUGUGGUGCAGUGCCGCAAGUGCUCCGUCCGUCAGGAGCUCAGCCUCUGCGUCUGA